AUGGCAGUCCGCGAGUGGCCCUGGCUCCGGCAGGAGGAGGCGACACAGCGGGGCGGGGAGAGUCCUGCCAUCCCCCCACCCCCACCCCAGCUCCACACGGCUCGGCUCCCUGCAGCUGCCAGGACGGCCAGGGAUCCCGGCCAGCCCGCCGAGAACCGGGGAGGGGGCGCAGGAGCGACAGAGGGACCUGGGGUGCAGAACUACUACCUGAAGGAAUCCAAGGGCAGCCGGCGGUGGCUACUCUUUCUGGAAGGCGGCUGGUACUGCUUCAACCGAGAGAACUGCGACUCGCGGUACGACACCAUGCGGCGCCUCAUGAGCUCCAGGGACUGGCCGCGCACCCGCACAGGCACGGGGAUCCUGUCUUCCCAGCCCGAGGAAAACCCCCACUGGUGGAACGCCAACAUGGUCUUCAUCCCCUACUGCUCAAGCGAUGUCUGGAGUGGGGCUUCAUCCAAGUCUGACAAGAAUGAAUACGCCUUCAUGGGCACCCUCAUCAUCCAGGAGGUGGUGCGGGAGCUUUUGGGCAAAGGGCUGAGUGGAGCCAAGGUGCUGCUGCUGGCAGGAAGCAGUGCGGGGGGCACGGGGGUGCUGCUGAACGUGGACCGCGUGGCCGAGCAGCUGGAGGCUCUGGGCUACACAGCCAUCCAGGUGCGAGGCCUGGCGGACUCGGGCUGGUUCCUGGACAACAAGCAGUACCUGCGCACGGACUGCGUCGACACGGCCACCUGCGCGCCCACGGAGGCCGUCCGCCGGGGCAUCAGGUACUGGAACGGGGUGGUCCCCGAGCGCUGUCGGCGCCAGUUCAAGGAGGGGGAGGAGUGGAACUGCUUCUUCGGCUACAAGAUCUACCCGACCCUGCGCUGCCCGGUGUUCGUGGUGCAGUGGCUGUUCGACGAGGCCCAGCUGGCUGUGGACAACGUGCACCUCACGGGACAGCCGGUGCAGGAGGGCCAGUGGCUGUACAUCCAGAACCUGGGCCGCGAGCUGCGGAGCACCCUGAAGGACGUGUCCGCCAGCUUCGCCCCCGCCUGCCUCUCCCACGAGAUCAUCAUCCGAAGCCACUGGACGGAUGUGCAGGUGAAGGGGACCUCGCUGCCCCGGGCGCUUCACUGCUGGGACAGAAGCCUCCAUGACAGUCAUAAGGCCAGCAAAGCCCCGCUGAAGGGCUGCCCGGUCCACCUGGUGGACAGCUGCCCCUGGCCCCACUGCAACCCCUCGUGCCCCACCAUCCGGGACCAGUUCACGGGGCAGGAGAUGAACGUGGCCCAGUUCCUCAUGCACAUGGGGCUGGACGUGCAGACCAUGGCACAGCAGCAGGGCCUGGAGCCCAGCAAGCUGCUGGGGAUGCUGGGCGGCGGGAGCUAGGGUCACCCCGGGUCCGGAAACCCCAGCAGCCUUCACUGCCCCCCCGCCCACUGUGUUUGGGAGGCCCAGCGGACUUGGCGGGUGGACCUGUGGCCUCAGGACCCUCCCGCGCCGGCCGCCACGCCCGCCUCCGGCCCUCGGCGGGGAGCCAGAAGCACUGGAGUCCUCGGCCCCCCGGCCCACGAGGCCCCCAGCCCUGCCCCUCCCGCCCUUUUGUAUUAUUUUAUAAAGUGACUUUUUUAUUACUUUAAUUUUUUAAAAAAGGAAAAUAAGCAAGAAAUAUAUGAUGAAUCGUAUUGUUCUGUAACAUAUUUUGUUAAUAAUGAAAAAAAAGGACCACGA